AUGUCGAGUAGCUCUUCAACCGUCUGCUUUGGACCGCCUACGAGCGCAUCAGGACCCGACCGUGGGAGGUUUAAGGUAACGAGCCUUCUCGACCUGCCGAUUGCCGUCCCAAAUGAUCGAGACACUUUUUCCGUGGACCAGAAUGCGGCACGCGUUCCUGAGUUCCCUUUCGCGCCGCUUUUCCGCGCCACGGCAUCAAUGAACCCAUCGUUCCGCUUUGAUGAUGUUGACAUCUUGGUGAAUCGGAACAGCCUCAGAAAGCUCCUCGAUUUCUCUGCGGGACGGCGCCAAGACAGCUUUCGCAUCAACCUACACCUGGUUCACCGAACUCUGGUCAUCGAGCGUUGCGAGAGGACCGCCCGCGAGCUGGUCAGGGGUUCCAAGAGCUCCGGGUGGGGCAGGAAUUUCGAGCGCAAGUUCACGAAAUACCCAUCUGGGCUAGGAGACAGCACGUCACAUCACCGGGCCCUUCGAUACCAGCUAGGUGAUCUCACAUGCGUGGUGCGUUUUGAGGUCGACGCAUGCUACGAGGAAACGGGCGAGGGGAGCGGCUCGGAGUCGCUAGAAGGCGCAAUGGGGCGGCUGGCAGUAGAGGACAGUCCUGAGGGGAUCGCUGCUCCCCCCAAACCUUCAACGCAACCGCCGAUGGCUCAGUCGAUGGCGGCAGAAAUCAAGACAGCAACCAAGCCCAAGGACCCGACUGCAUACAUGCCACAGCUCUGGUUCGGUAGAACGCCCUGGCUCAUCAUCGGGCAGCACGAAAAUGGAACCUUUGGACAGCUGAAGAUCAACGAUACCGCAGCUCUGUUCACAAUCUGGGAGGAGAAGCACCAGGUCGACCUCCGCAAGUUGGUCACGGUCUUGGCCCGGCUACGCGAGGCCCUCGCAGAGCAUGGAGGCAGCCACUGCGUCGCGAUAUAUGAGAAAACGGCAAACACUCCCGAGAUCAAAGUGUACCCUUCACAUGUGUUGAGAAAGGCUGUGCCGGAUGAGUUGAGGCGCACGCUCUGGGGUUCGUAG